AUGAGGUUCGGUCGAAAUAUUCACCUCCAUCAAGUCCCAGAAUGGGCGGAGCAUCAUGUUCCAUACAAUCGGCUCAAGAGACUGCUGAAGAUCGCUGUUGAGAAAGCUACAGAGGAGCAAACUCGUCCCGACUUCUCAGAUGCGCAAUCAUGUCUAGACCUGAGCAUCGCGGGUCAUCUUCGGUUUCGCAAAGAGCAAGAAAGCUAUCUUCGAAAGCAAGCAGAGGAGAUACAGAGCCAUUACUGCAUAAGCUUUUGCAAUUUCGAUAUAACUACGGCGUACAAGCUCUCCCAGCUUGACAUUGAAAUCCUUUGCCAAUCGCUUUCUAGGUUUUCUAAGGAAGUUUCUCAACUGCAGCGGUACCAACAAUUGGACGUUGAAGCGGUUUCUCGUAUCCACACAAAGAUUGACAAAUAUCUGGGUAGGGAGAAAACCCGAUCUGCUGGACGAAAUGAUCUGGACAAAUUCAAGGAACAAAAUCCAUCGAGGAAAGCUCUGACUCGGAAUCUUGGAUUAUGGAUUGCUCAUCUACAGGAGGCACUUUCAGAUCCCAGCAGCAGGCCGGUCUACCCACAAUCCCCACUUUAUGAGGCACUACGGCAGGAUCAACCUUCAAUCGUGGUUUCUAUGGUAGAUGAGUCCUUACAGCAGAGCAAAUCAUCAGCGAAACUAUUUCUCUUCCAUCUGCUGGAGCUGGCGGUAUAUGAACUGCGACCCGAUACUGUCUACACUUUGCUAUUUGAUGUGCUGCCUCAGAACGAUAUUCCCAUUCAGGCUACAUUAUUAAAUCGCUUGUUCACGGUUCUGGGUUUCCGGAAGAUGCAACUAUCGGCGCCGUAUUCCUGUGUACUCUUUUGUAAAAUCCGAGAUCUGCUCUGCCAGGUGAUUGGGGAGCUAGGACCCAGAUCAGAGGAGGUUCUGCUCUCGGAAGAUACUCUCGGGCGCUUCCCUCUGCACUAUGCUGCUUCAUACGGUCUUUUGUGGGAGUGCGUGGCAAUAUUCAAUGUCGCUAAAAGCUGGGACAAGGCUUCCAAAUGGUGCCUGAUUAUGCAUACUGACAAACGAGACUGUUCACCUUUUGAGGAUGCGGCUGUUGGCAACCACCGAGACGCCGUUUCAUCUGUUCUGGUUUACUUGGAAAAAGUCCUGCACGCAUCCGAUAAGGAUGACGGAAUAGCACCAUUGUUCAGUCGAACACUAUUUACUGCGUUGCACUACGAGUAUGGGGAUCUGAUUGCGGUCAUCUCUCAGGCAUGCUCUCGCUUCUGUCGGACGCCCAGGAACUGUGAAGGAGCCAGCCCACUGCAUGUCGCCGCGCGUACCGGAAGGGCGGAUCGCGUCAAACAACUAUUAGAAACCGUAUGCGUCUCUGAGCUCAACUCGGUGGAGCCAAUCUACGGUUGGACUCCGCUAGUUGUCGCCUGUGUCGAAGGUCACCAGAGUGUCGUCGCUGUGCUUCUCGAGCAUGGAGCCGACCGGGACAUCAAAGACCACCGCGGUUGGACAGCACAGGAGCAUGCCGCUUUUCGGGGACAUCUUGCUUUGGCGAAGGGAAUGACAGGGCCAUCCAAGUGGGAGUCCGGUACCGAUGUGCUAACUACCGCAUCAUUGGCGCAGCAGGAUGACAAUGUCAAGGCUCUACAUCAACGGCCGCAACUGGUGGUUUACCUUGGCAGCUUGCAGGAUGGAAAGCAGGUGAACCCAUUUGAAUUUCGAACACCAUCACUGAAAACAAAGGCCACGAGCAAUGACCUUGCACUGAAAUUCUCUUCUCCUGGGGAUGACUCUUCCCGUCAAAUUAACAUGUCCUUUCUCGGUGACACAGCUAACGAAUCAUUGAUCUUCGAGCUUCCAACCACGGGCGAGGCAGAACUGCGCCUAGAACUCCUCGAUUUAGGCGAUGGUCAUGACGGCCAAGCAGAGUUGCUUGGUGGUGGUACAGCGCUGCUGAUAGACAAUCUCAAUUCCUUUGGUGAGAACCGGGAAAGUCUGGUGCGCGAGAGAACUAUUCCCAUUCUCGAGAGGGGGUCAUUCCAGGCUAUAGCUACGGUGACCUUCACAUUUCUUAUAAUCAAGCCAUUUCAGCAUCCCAGUAUUCCCUCUGUGAGAGAAUGCUUUCUCCGUCAUGACGAUUUUUGUCUCGUAGGACAUCGAGGCUUCGGACAAAAUGUUGCCGGGCAUGACUAUUUACAGUUGGGAGAGAACACAGUCGAGUCAUUCCUAUCAGCUGCCAGUCUGGGGGCUUCCUUUGUCGAGUUUGGUAUGGACCUUGUACCUGUUGCAUAUCACGACUUUUCCUUGAGCGAGUCUGGGACUGACGUCCCAGUGCAUGAUGUGACUUUAGAUCAGUUCCUGCAUGCGAGCAAGAUACAAUCCCCAAUGGGCUAUCCAACAUCCAUCAAGGGAAGCAGGCACCACCAUAAGAAUCCACGCUCCCGGUCUCUUACCAGGGGCCACGAGCAAGGAGCGCAACAAAUGCAAGAGAGGAUGAGACACACCGUAGACUACAUGAGCAAGGGUUUCAAGCCCAACACCCGAGGCCACGUUAUCCAGGACUCGUUUGCGACCAUCGAAGAGCUACUAACCCAGCUUCCGGAGAACCUUGGUUUCAACGUCGAGAUCAAGUACCCCCGAAUCCACGAAGCCACCGAAGCAGGAGUAGCCCCAGUAGCGAUCGAAAUCAACAUAUUCGUGGAUAAAAUCCUCGAGAAAGUAUUCACCCUGGGGAACAGCAGAAACAUUAUCUUGUCCUCAUUCACCCCCGAGAUCUGCAUUCUCUUGGCAUUCAAACAGCAAACCUAUCCAGUCAUGUACAUCACCAACGCCGGAAAGCCCCCAGUCACAGACAGAGAGAAGCGAGCCGGUAGCCUGCAAGCUGCAGUGCGAUUCGCCCAGCAGUGGGGCCUCAAUGGAAUUGUUCUGGCCUCCGAGACUUUGAUCAUAUGCCCUCGGCUGAUCGGAUACGUCCAGCGGUCGGGGCUCGUGUGUGGCUCGUAUGGACCACUCAAUAACAUCCCGGAGAGUGCACAACUCCAAUUCGAUGCUGGCAUCAAUAUUCUGAUGGCCGACCGGGUCGGGCUUAUUGCUAAAGCACUGGAGGACCGGGAUGGCGAUGAUCGGCGAUUGAAGAACUAG